AUGGACUCCUCUUUUGCCAUGUUUGCGGAUUUGGCCAGUAUUUUUCCAAGUGGUGUCAUUGGUACUGAAGACAUCGAGAAGAACCCGAUUCCUGCAGCUACUCCUGCUCUUUCCACUGUCCUGAGCAUGAGCUCAGACUUUGCAAUGGAGACCUCCAACCUUCCAAAAUCGCUGGAAAUCAGUAUGGAUGCUGUACAACAUGCGUUGGAAACACCUUCACCAGUGGAUGCCAAGAUGAGAAAACAACCAAAGAAGGCUCCAAGGAAGAAGAAAGCAGAUAUGGAUGCAUUGGAAGCCUCCCAAAACAUGUCAAUUUUGCAAGGCAUGUUCUCCAACAACGACUCAUGGGUCAUCUCAUCGCUCAUGAGUGACAUUCUCAACAAGCUGGACCCUCCAAAACCCAAGAAGCGUACCCGUGGACCCAACAAGAAUCCAAGAGUCAAAAAAGCAAAGUUGGAUGAGAGUUUGGACGUUUCUAGAGAUCUGGAAGUUUCUAGAGAUAAUGCGAAACCCCAACUUUCUCUUCCGAUGAAUAUCCAAAGCCCCCAGGAGUUACUCAAAAAUUGGAACCUUGGACAGUUCGUCCUUGGCUUGCCAUUCCAGCUUGUGAAUCCAAAUCAACCGAGUCUGAACAGCCUGAUUCAGAUGGCCACUGAGAGAACCAAGAUCUUCAAUCAACUCACAGACAUUAGCUCUCCUAAAUACGAUCCUUCUCUUGGGAUGAACAAGAUCCGUGGAUAUUUCCCAGAUAUUAAGACAGCUGACUGGCAAGAAAGAUUGAAACUUGUGCAGGAUUGCCAGAAGUAUGAAGAAAAGGGAAUUCCGCAAUUCAACAAGCCGAAUCCAUCAUCCGGUGAUAUUAUGAGAUGGUACGAGAACUUCAAUCAGUUGAUAAAAGCAAAAGCGCAGGCUGAAGCUACUAAACGGACUCCAGUGGUAGCUGCACCGACACCAUCGAAUCCACAAAUGGAACUAAUGAAAUUAAUGCAGUCUCAAAGUCAGGUCCAACCAUCCACUUCCAGUGCUCCACAACCACUGGUUUCACAUAUGUCUCCACUUGACUUGUUGAUGCAAUGUGCUGGAGUAUUGGGUCUCAAUGCUCAGACACAACCAUCUGCUCCACAAGCUCCGCAAACUCCAAAACCUGCUCAGUUGAUGGCUCAGAUGAUCCAAGCUGGAUUAUCGACUUCUCUCGGAGUUCAGACACAACAGUUCUCUCCACAGAUUCCGGAGAUCCCACAGCCGGCUCAAAAUGCGUUCAGUGUUCAGGUACAGUAA